CAACAAUAUUUGUUUUCUGAAUUAUUCUAAAUAAAAUAACUGAAGAAUUGCUGUCUAUUUGGACUUUUUGAUAAAUACACAAUAACUUCUCUUUCGCUUAGCUUUUAAUAAACACACAAUAAAUUUUUUCAUGGCAGCUGUGUUAAACAAAAAAAAAAACAGGUGAUAAAAAAACAAUCCAUCCAUGAGAGAUUGUUGAAUAACGAUAAAAGACGACCUUUAAGAGGUUACAAGUAAAUGCUAACGUAUUUUAGGAAAUUUACAGUGAGAUUUUUAGACUUAAGGGAGAUCAUUAGCUAGGUAUUGUUUCUUGAUUAAAUCGCAUGGCCUGCGAAGUUGUUGGCUUUUUAAAGAAUUCAGUAUGACUGAAGGAAGGCGCUAUAUCAUCGCAGUAGCUGCAGUUUUUGUAAUCGCCAUCGGCGCGUAUUACUUCUACCAGCAAGACAAUGUUUAUACUGAAGUAAAACCGGUCCAGUGUAUAGACACAACCAGCCCGUUUUUAAAAGAACUUUCAAGUAAAAUGUCGCAGCUGUCUGCUCAAGGAGGAAAUGGUGCGGACAAUGUGAAAAACCAGUUGGAGGAAAUAUUAGGUCAAAUUAAUGGAAAAUUAAUAGAAUUAAAAUCGAGUCAAAAAGAAGAGCAUUCUAGAGAAGAACCUCAGGAAGAACAUCUAACAAAAAGAGAAUUAGAAGGUUUAGAGCUUAAUAGAUUUGAUAUUCAAAAGUUACCACAACCUGAUUCGUCAGAUAUGAACGACAAGUGGAUUGUGGUGACAAGUAUCUUUGCUCCAACAGAAGACAUUAAAAAGUUGGCGAAGAUUCCAGGCUGGAAGUUGGUUGUGGUUGGGGAUAAAAAAACACCCAAAAAUUGGAGAUUAGAUGGAGUGGUGUUCUUGAGCGUUAAAGAUCAGUGGAAACUUGGCUUUGAAACUGUAAAGUAUCUAAAAUAUGGAGUAUACCAACGUAAGAACAUAGGAUUCUUGUAUGCUAUCCAACAUGGUGCAAAGUACAUCUACGACACCGAUGACGACAAUCAUCCAUAUGGCGGCGAAGUUACAUUCGACGACAUGACUGUCGAUAAGGAAUACUUGAUGUACGACGGGAAUCAACACUUUUACAACGGUUUUGCACAUUUUGGACAAAGCACGCUAUGGCCACGUGGAUAUCCUCUUAAUAUGAUCGACAAAAAACCCGUGCGUACUUACAAAAAGUGCAAGAGUGUUCGACCUCUUGUUCAGCAAGGAGUGGUAGAUGGUGAUCCGGACCUUGACGCCAUACAACGCCUAACUCGAAAAGAUAACGAGGCAAAGUUUGUCGUUUACUUUGAUAAAGACGCACCACCUGUCGUACUACCGCCAAACUCAUUUGUACCGUAUAAUUCACAAAACACCUUCCAUCAUUACGACGCAUUUUUUGCAUUACUGCUUCCGCAAACUGUCACAUUUCGUGUCAAUGAUAUAUGGAGAAGCUUCAUCACGCAACGAUUGCUAUGGGAUAUUGGUGGCCAUUUGGCGUAUUUCCCGCCUAAUGCAUACCAAGACCGCACGCCUCAUGAUUUUUUAAAGGACUUUUAUGAAGAAGACGAUUUGUACAAAAACACAAACCCUCUGACAAAACUUUUGUUAAAUUGGAGAGGCAAAACGAAGGCGGACAUGUUCGACCGCCAUUAUGACAUUUUAAAGGAAAUGUACAAAGCAGAUAUAAUCGGAGCACGUGAUGUUCGAUUGGGCAGAGCUUGGGUUCGAGAUUUAUUGAGGAUUGGGUACAAGCCACCAGCUUUGAAAGAAUCAACUGCAGUGUGUGCGGAAAAGCAAACAACGUUCAUACCAAAAGAAAUGCCGUCGUUGUUUUUAAGAAUAGGACAGAAAACUGUCAACGUUGUAAAGGAAGCUAAAAAAUUACCUCUCACGAAAGAAAGAGAAAGAGAUUAGCUUGACACUUAAUAUUCUACACUUCACUUUUUUGAAAAUAUUCCGCAAGCAUUCUAAGUGCAGAUAGGAUUGUAGUUUUUAGGAUUUUUUACCCGAUUUUUAAAUUUUUCCAUAAGUGACAACAUUGACGUUUUCUUUUGAUUGAA